GCCGUUUUCUCGCACCCCCUCCUCACCCUCCUACCACCCCCCUGGUAACACCAAAAGGCCUUCUGCCAACCUCUCUCCAUCUCUUCCACACACACCACUCUCCCAAAAUGUACCGCCACAACCCCCUCUUCAACCCCAACAAGUCGUUCUUCGCCCCCGCGGCUGCCGAGGCCAAGGCCGCCCCCACCGGCGCUGACCUCUACGCCCGCUUCGCCCUUGCCGGUGCCCUCGGCUGUGCCGUCACCCACGGUGCCCUCACCCCCGUCGAUGUCGUCAAGACCCGUAUCCAGCUCGAGCCCGAGGUCUACAACAAGGGCAUGAUCAACGCUUUCCGCCAGAUCAUCUCCAAGGAGGGUGCCGGUGCUCUCCUUACCGGUCUCGGCCCCACCGUUGUCGGCUACGCUCUCCAGGGUGCCUUCAAGUUCGGUGGUUACGAGUUCUGGAAGAAGACCGCCAUCGACACCCUUGGUGUUGAGGCCGCCACCGCCAACCGUCAGGCCAUCUACCUCGGUGCCUCUGGUAUCGCCGAGUUCUUCGCCGACAUUGUCCUCUGCCCCCUUGAGGCCACCCGUAUCCGUCUCGUCUCGCAGCCCUCGUUCGCUUCGGGCCUUACCUCUGGGUUCCUCCGUAUCCUCCGUGAGGAGGGUGUCGGUGCCUUCUACGCUGGUUUCGGUCCCAUCCUCUUCAAGCAGGUUCCUUACACCAUGGCCAAGUUCGCCGUCUACGAGAUCGCCGUCGAGAAGAUCCUCGAGGCUGCCGGCAAGACCAAGGCUGAGCUCACCACUGGCCAGACCACCGGCCUCAACCUCUCCGCCGGUCUGAUCGCUGGUAUGGCCGCCGCCGUCAUCUCGCAGCCCGCCGACACUCUCCUCUCCAAGAUCAACAAGACCAAGGGUCUCCCCGGCCAGUCGGUUACCUCGCGCCUCGUCUCCAUGGCUAAGCAGCUCGGUGUUAAGGGUCUCUUCACCGGCAUGACCGCCCGUCUCGUCAUGAUUGGCACCCUCACCGCCGGCCAGUUCCUUAUCUACGGUGACAUCAAGCGUGUGCUCAACGCUACCGGCGGCGUCGAGAUCGCCAAGUAAACGUUGGUCGAGGCCAUCGGCGGUGUCGAGCGGCGGAGUCGAUUUGCCGGGUAAAUAUCGGCUAAUUCGAUUUGAUAGAUUUACGCCCUACUCCUGUGUGUGGGAGACGAUAGCUUGGGAUGAUGCAUGCCAUAGCUUAGA